AUGCCAACCGUCGCUGUUGUGCUUUAUUAUAAAUACGUGCGGAUCUGUGAGACGCUGGACGAGUUGAGAGCGUUUGCAGCAGUUCAUCACGACUUUUGCUCGUCAUUGGACCUCACAGGUCGCGUGCGACUCGCGUUGGAAGGGAUCAACGGGACGCUUGGAGGGUCCAGCGCGAAUGUCCAGUGCUACAUUGAGUUCAUGCAAGCUCAAGACCCGUUCCUUGACAUUGACUGGAAAACCAGUGAAUCCGAUGUCCCGCCGUUUUCGGACUUGAAAGUCCGCACUGUCGCCGAGAUCGUGGCUCUAGAGGUCCCACCUCAUACCUAUGACUUGACGCAACGGGGUCACCACUUGACGCCCGACGAGUUCCGAGCCGAGCAAUUACAUGCCGAGCCGGAUUCUAUUGCCGUUAUUGACGUCCGGAACUCGUACGAGGUUCAAGUCGGGCACUUUGCUGGUGCUUUGAACCCAAAAACUCGUCGUUUUGGACAGUUCCCUGCAUGGGUUCGAGACCAUUUACCACUGCUGAAGCAAAAGCAAAAGGUGCUCAUGUACUGCACGGGUGGGAUCCGAUGUGAAAAAGCAUCGGCUUAUCUGAAAGGUCUCGGUGUACCAAACGUCUACCAGCUGGAAGGAGGGCUUCAUCGCUACCUCGAGCGAUUUCCGGAUGGUGGUGGCCUUUUCCAGGGCAAGAACUUUGUGUUUGAUCAGAGAGUGACUGUGGCGUCUGAAGACCAGUCGAUCACGGGUCAAUGUGCCCGUUGUCACGUACCGCAUGAUGCACUAUCGGGUAGCCGAUGUGCUUAUUGUCGGAUGCACGUUUUGCUCUGUGAAAGGUGCUGCAAGAAAGCAAAAGCUCGAGGUGAGACGGACAGGGACGUGUUUUGUGACGACCAUUUCAAGUUGGUCGCGGGCUCGUUGGAAGAGCUGGCAACACGAGUGACUGUGCUCGAGAAGGAGCUGGUGAACGAACGCGGUCGAAGCAAAAAGGGUCGUCGUCGUUCUUUACGGAAGCAAUUGGACACGGUCCAGUGUCGGAUACAACAACUGAAUCCGAUACCUGAAGUGUAG